CUGUUUCGGGGUCCUCGCUGCCCUUCCACGUCUCCCGGAAGAGCAGCCGGGCCGUGGCGGGGCCGUGGCAGGUGCGGACACGGCUUGCUCAGCCUGGGCGCUCUCCCGGCGGGCUGCUGCGGGGGCGGCCCAGGAGUCCUCAGGUGCAGCCGCUCCGCAUUCCUCAGGUUCACCCAUAGGACUGUUCUGCUGCCAUCAUGUCCUGGCUUGCUGACCUUGCUGGAAAAGCAGAAGAUCUUUUAAACCGAGUCGAUCAAGGGGCUGCAACAGCUCUCAGUCGAAAAGAGAACACCAGCAGCAGCAUAUACAGCAAAAAUACCGACUAUCCUGAACUUCACCAGCAAAAUGCAGACUUGACUUACCAGCCUGGAUCUAAAGCUAAUUAUAUCUCCUCAGCCGCUGAUAACAUUAGGAAUCAAAGAGCCACCAUCCUAGCUGGCACCACAAAUGUGAAAGCAGCACUGAGGACAUCAGUGGAGGCCUCCCAUUCUGUUGAAAACUCAUCUGUUCCCAGGCCUUCGUCCCAGUUUGUUCGGAGAAAAAAGUCAGAACCUGAUGAUGAGCUGCUGUUUGAUUUUCUUAAUAGUUCACAGAAGGAACCUGCUGGGAGGGUGGAAAUAAAAAAAGAAAGGGGCAGGCCCCCUGCCCUCCAGAGUUCUCAGACUACAAGCGCCAGCGCCGGGAACACCAGCGUAACCACCGUCAAAGCCACUGAAGAAAAUGCUGGGAGCCAAAGCCAUGAAGCCUCUAGUAAUUCAGAUUCUGGCCAUGAAAUCCAAGAGGAUUCUUCAAAGGACUCUGUAUCAUCAAAUGCUUCCUGCAUUAAUCACAACCAAUCAUUAUCUACUGAUGAUGGCAAAUCCCAUGAACUGUCUAAUCUUCAACUGGAGAAUCAACUGCUGAGGAAUGAAGUUCAGUCUUUAAAUCAAGAAAUGGCCUCAUUACAUCAAAGAGCCAGGGAAACUCAAGAAGAAUUAAACAAAGCAAGAGCAAGAGUUGAAAAGUGGAAUGUUGACCAUUCAAAGAGUGAUCGAAUAACUCGAGAACUUCGAGCCCAAGUAGAUGACCUGACUGAAGCGGUGGCUGCAAAGGAUUCCCAGCUGGCUGUGCUGAAAGUGAGACUCCAGGAAGCUGACCAGCUACUGAAGACUCGCACAGAAGCUUUAGAAGCUUUACAGAGUGAAAAGUCACGAAUAACGCAGGAUCACAGCGAAGGGAGUAGCCUGCAGAAUCAAGCUCUGCAAACCCUUCAGGAGAGACUGCAUGAAGCGGACGCCACUCUGAAGAGAGAGCAGGAGAGUUAUAAGCAAAUGCAGAGUGAGUUUGCUGCACGCCUGAAUAAAAUGGAAGUGGAACGUCAGAACUUGGCAGAAGCAGUUACUCUGGCAGAAAGAAAGUAUUCCGAUGAGAAGAAGAAAGUUGAUGAGCUCCAGCAGCAAGUCAAGAUGAAUAAGUCCAACUUGGAGUCCUGUAAGCAGGAAUUAAUUGACUACAAGCAAAAAGCUUCUCGAAUACUCCAGUCUAAAGAAAAAUUGAUUAACAGCUUAAAGGAAGGAUCUGGUUUUGAAGGCCUGGACAGCAAUACUGCUCAUAGCGUGGAGCUAGAAGACCUUCGGCAUGAAAAGGAGAUGCAAAGGGAAGAAAUACAGAAACUGAUGGGUCAGAUACAUCAGCUGAGGUCUGAGUUACAGGAUAUGGAGGCUCAGCAGGUCAGUGAAGCAGAAUCAACAAGAGAACAGUUGCAAGAUCUGCAAGACCAAAUAGCUGGACAUAAAGCAUCUAAACAAGAACUUGAGGCGGAAUUGGACCGACAGAAGCAGGAAUUCCAUUAUAUAGAAGAAGAUCUUUAUCGAACAAAGAAUACAUUGCAAAGCAGAAUUAAAGAUCGAGAAGAAGAAAUUCAGAAACUUAGGAAUCAGCUUACCAAUAAAACCCUGAGCAAUAGCAGCCAGUCCGAGUUGGAGAGUCGACUCCAUCAGCUGACAGAGACUCUCAUCCAGAAGCAGACCAUGCUGGAGAGCCUCAGCACCGAGAAGAACUCGCUGGUCUUCCAGCUGGAGCGCCUCGAGCAGCAGAUGAAAUCGGCCACUGGAGCUGGGAGCACUGCCUCUGCCAUCAAUAUGUCUGGAGUUGACAAUGGCGAAGGGGCACGUCUACGAAAUGUUCCUGUUCUUUUUAAUGACACAGACACCAGUCUGGCAGGAAUGUAUGGAAGAGUCCGCAAAGCUGCUAGUUCAAUUGACCAAUUUAGUAUCCGCCUGGGAAUUUUUCUCCGAAGAUACCCCAUAGCACGAGUUUUUGUAAUUAUAUAUAUGGCUCUGCUCCACCUCUGGGUCAUGAUUGUUCUGUUGACUUACACACCGGAAAUGCACCAUGACCAGCCCCAUGGCAAUUGAACUGGACCUAGUUGUUUCAAUGACUGGUUGUCUGUUUCCAGACAUUGGAUCUGUAAAAGGUCAACUGCUUCAAAUUCCUCAAGAGGGCGCCCAAGAUUGUUUUAUCACUACAAGCUUUUAACUUUUUAAGUUAUUAUACAAGUACUCUGCUACCUAAAUCUUCCUCUAAUUUCCGUCAAAUGGUAAGAGUUUCUAAAACAGACGAUAAUUUAACAAGCUCAGCUCUGCUUUUUCUGAGAUGGGUGGCUCCGUGUAUAUAUGUACACACAGAUGCUGGGAGGUUCACCUCUACAGACCAGCCUGUAUUUUACUGAUACUCAUUAUGGGUUGUAAUCAGGGAAGCUAAUUGUAUUUAGUGACAUAAAUAAAGGUUUUCUUUUUGAUAA